AUGGCUGGUAUUCGGCAGAGCAAGUUUAAGCACGUAUUUGGAAAAGCCCUUAAACGUGAUGAAUGUUACGAGUGCGUUCCAAUAACCAAAGGCACACAUGAUUCUUGGCUAUGUUGUGUAAAUGUAAAGUAUCUUGCAAUUAUUACGGAGUCGGCCGGCGGUGGUGCGUUCGCAGUUAUUCCCAUCGAGAAGGUACGUUUUGAGAAUUAAAUGUCUGGAAUCGAUUUUUAUAAUGCAAGCACUGUUGUGGACACUGUUGAGGAUGAGAUAGUGAGAAGUCAAUGCCUGUGUCCACUCAAAACGUUCUGUUAAUAAUUUAAGCUAUAAUGUACGAAAAUAUAUUGGUGUUACGAGUUUUUCGAGGUUUUAUAAAUGAAAGGUUCACUAUAGCAAGGCAGCAGUGUUUUUUCUGGUACAUAAAUAGAAAUAAUAUUAAGUUUAUGAAUUAAACGCGUAUUUACGUAUGCGACAGAUAAUAUUAAAACGGGAAUACGGUUGUACAAUUACUUAAGUUUAUUAAGCUAAAGGAAUAUCUAGUCUUCUGAACCAAUGAACUGGUUUUCCUCAAAAAUCAGUGUUGAUAUGAGUCCCAGAGUACAGCCUGUUUUAUCUUUGGCAAGAGCUUUCCGAAGUCAUAGAUGGUAUAACAACACUAUCAUUGGAUACGAAUUAUUAAUACAAUAAAAGUACACUGCUCAGUAACUAAGAGCUACAGUUGCUGGAGAAUGUACGUGGAAACAAUUUGCAAUGAGACGUUUUUCGUUUUGAUUUGUCUUACCAUUAGUGGUUGACUGGUAACUUACUAGAGAUCUUUACAAAGAAUUAAUCGUAGCUGGCAAGUAUGUUUCAUGCCUUGAAGGUUCACGUUUAUAUUCUGGAGCUGACUCACGGCACGGUUUAAGCCAGUACAUAAAUCUUAGGCAAACCGGACUUCCGUCUACUUCCAACGGUCAUAAGAGGAAGGAACUCAUUUAACGAAAAAAAGUCAUAUUUUUCAAAACCAUCUAAUUGGUGUUAGAAUACACAACUCGAAACAGUAAAGGAACGAUAGCAAACGAGCAUUUUUCUUUAGUUUCUUGCUAUAUGUAGCGAGUGUGCAUUCUUGGAAGAGAACAGUGUUGCACCAUCUGCCAAAGGAUUAUUAGUGCCCUAUAUGAUCUGGAAUAUGGAUACGCUAAUUUUCGAGGUUCAUUUGAGAGAUCCAGACCACCAUUGAUUUUCAAAUCGUCUCAUUAAACAUUCUCACUGUUAUCUGUGUAUCCACGAAAUCUAUGUCAUGUUAUACCUAGAAGAUGUGGCUAACGAUUCGGGCAGUUAGCCACACAUCCAAAUCACCAUGUUGAAUUUACAAACUUCGAUGUUGUAUGGUUUGGAUCGCUCUGGUAUAAAAGAUAUGUGGUUUAUUAGGUACCAUUACCAAGCCCAUUAUGCAAUAUAUGUACCACUCUGAGGUUCAGUUCACGAACUGACGACGCAAAAAGAGAUCUACCACCACAAAUUGUUGGAUAAAUCCCAAAGAUGGGUAAUAAAUGUGCUUUUUCGACAAAAAAAUGACGAGAUGAGCAGUUAAAAAGAGCGAUCACUUGCAAAGUACUUUCUUUUGACUCGAACGAUUCAAGUACCUGCCACAGGCUUACGAUGCUGACCUGCACGUCAUUUGUCAUAUUUUGCCGUCCCGGAUUACGACAUGUUUCACAGCUGUGAAAACUGCUCAGUAAGGGACUAUAUUCUCAUUUUCAACAUGACACUUGAAUAAGCGGCUUCAACGCAAUCUCUGUUCCAUAGGUAUGAUUAACAGUACGAGUAUCAGUUGGAUAAGUGCUAUAAAGAGUAUAAGGACAGGAACGGAAUUGCCUUGUACCGGCGCAUAAAACUAGAAGGCAAGAGACUUAAUGACCUAUCCUUCUGAAUGUAUCAUAGGAUUUGAGAGAAACAGGACGAAUUAACAUGUCUUCACAAAAAUUCCUAGACAACUGGUUGUAAAGCAAACGAAUCAACUUCCAGUUUUGGCGCGAAAUUUUUGUAAAUAAGACUGUAUUGGUGAUCUUAUUAAAAGAAGGCUUUGUGUGCGCAGGGUUAGUUAGUUUAAGCUAAAUGAUACCAAAUUAGUGGAAAUCAUCAGUUCUCAAAACAGAAUAGCAACAUGAGUAUUUGACUGUUCUGUCUUUUAAUUCUAUCCACAGGGGAAUUCCUUGCACCAUUCGAAGUGUUUCGUUUGCGUACUUAGGGAGAAAUUCUUGAUUUUUUUGGAAGUGUUUUCUUCUCUUCACCUCUGGCGAAAAAUUGCCUUUAUAAAUUUCAUAUUCUUACCAAAUACUGUCAUCUUUGUGACUUCGUAAAAAGGAUAUGUAAACUGUCUCCCCAUUUGGAGGGAAAACAUUUUUUAAGUUGGUUGUGAGCGCAAUUUAAAUUUAACAGUUUGUGGCAGAUUGCGCGGAUAAAGCAUAUUGGAGAGAGGAAGACAUUUAUUUGGGAGCACUGAACAAAAACGAACACAUUGAGGUCCACGAUGUCUGCCAGAAUAUAUUAGUGAACCGACCAAAACUAUGCGAUCUUCAUUUCCCCAUUCACAUAUUUAGGAAAUGGCAAAGACUGAAACUGAUUAACCAAAGCCAAAAUCUCUGGGAAAUUAUAGUUCAACAGGAAAAAUGAAACAGGGCAUUUAAGUGCAGUAAGCACAUAUACCGUUGACAUUUUAGCGGAGGUUUUCUGCGUUUUUAUUUUUUAGACAGGACGACUCCCUACGGAAUUGCCUCUAGUCACCGGCCAUACUGCAGCUGUUCUGGAUAUCAAAUGGUCUCCGUUCGACGAUGAUAUGAUUGCUAGCGCUUCAGAGGAUUGCACCAUAAAAAUAUGGCAAAUUCCUGAUGGCGGAAUCGCAAAGGAAUCCUUGCGUGAACCACUCACUACUUUGGCUGCCCAUCAACGGCGCGUCAACUUGAUAAUAUGGCACCCCACUGCAGAACACGUGCUUGUUUCCGCAGGUUUGUGGAAUUACACGGUCAUUGCAAUUUUUUAAGCAAAAAUUCAUCUUCGUUUUUAAACUGUGCAAUAACAACAACUGCCACUGUUUUUACAUUGUCGGCGGAAGAUUUGAGAGGGACAAAUUUACAUCGACACCAAAAUUUUUGAUUCUGGUGAAUGACUAAUGCUUUUUUGAGGAGUUCGCCUCCACGCAAACCAGUGAAUGCCACUUUCGAGAAUCGCUAAGAUUUUUGAGCUUUCAAAUAGCCGUAUAGCGCACAGUAAUAGCUUUAUUUAUCCUAAGACGCGGGUUUGUGAUCCAGUAUUUCGUAGAGAGGUUUCGUGUUUUGGUUGUUUAGUGAGCGUUAGGUGACGAUCGCAAAUUAAUGUCAGUAUUUGCGUUGCCUUGGAGUUCCCAGUUGCACUAAACCCAGUAGCAGUGUAAUGUCGUAACUCAUAGAAAUUUCGCCUUCGAAUAUUACGUAUGUCCUUUAAGAUAUGAAGAACCACGAAGUUAGCCUAAAUUAUGAAAACCUCCGUUUAUUAUAAGUAAAAAAACUUCUGGCCUUUCAGACUGUAUUCGAUUUACAUCUAACUUGGAAAUGGGUGCAGACCUUUAGAAUCGUCCCAGAAUUUUUUACUAUGGAAAAAGUUCGUCCGGUAGAUUUUACACAGAAUUGUGGGUCGAUCGUAAAAUCCAAAAUUUGUGACCGUUUUACAGGACUGAGGAUUGCGCGCCGUCCAUCUGGCCGCAUCUUCCAUCUGAACUAUUUCGGAAAUAGAGUGCGCACCGUCAUGGAAGAAGCGGGUCUACAAGCACGAAAAAUUCCAUCGACUGAGCUGUGAUAGGUCAGAUUGUGCGGCCAAAGUAUUGUAAUAGGGAGGGCCGAUUCAUAGAACUUUUCUGUCCACCAUCCGAAAUUAGCUGAUUGUAAAUGACAACGGCACCACAGCGGUUGGUUCGACAGUCAACUAGAAUAGAGUAAGAUUUGGCUGGCACUUUCGAGCUACGAGCCUGACAUGCAGAUUAUCUCACUUGCACACCAAAUUGUCUUGUCAAAAACAGUAGAAUUUGAUUAAGACUAUCGCGUUUAAUAGGUGCCAGCCAUUUUGCCUAGACCUGGUUACCCUAGUAAAAGACGUUCUUAAAGCAGCUCAGGAGUCUUAUGCCAAAGAAAGUUUCCCAUUGAAACAUUUAAGUACUAAUUUUUGUGCCGCCCAAUGACCGAGAAUAAUCAUGUUCUUGCCUUUCACGUAUGCAACCGCUGUUUCAACAAACUUAGUUGGUGGUAGACUUUCGACUAUGUAUCUUUAUUUCUGAUUGUUCUGCUUUUGUAAAGAGCAUUUUUCCCAUAGUAACUAAUAACUUUUGUUUAAAAAACCAAACAUUAGGUGCCGACAACAUGAUUUUUGUUUGGGACAUCAAAAACCCAGUGCCACUUCGAUCCAUUGAGUUACCAAACAUCGCGACAAGCCUGAGUUUCAAUAAAAACGGAUCGAAACUGGCUGUAUGUUGCAAGGAUGGUCUGACCCGUAUAAUCGAUCCAAGGAAGGGUACGACACUCGAGGUUAGUGGAAUACGAUUGUUUGCUAAUCUCAUUGGCUAUAAAGCAUAAAUUUGGGCAGACGUCCCCUCGGACCUUUGGUAAAUUACAUGCACGCGAGUUUGCUUGUUGGACUUGAAAGGCUCUUUGCAUAGUCACAUUUUCUCACAUGAAAAUACCUUCGUGGAAGCAACUUAACUGGUAAAGAGCGAACGUGCCGCAAAAUCAGUAGUCUUCUAAUUGCGAAAAAUUCGUAACUUUUCGCUACUUGGCUCCUAAUAUUCUACGUUUGAUAAUGUGUGAAAAUAUUUUAGUGGUCUUUCUGGCAGAUUUCAAUAAGUACGUGGACUCAAAUUCUUUUUGGGUUCGAACCCAGCCGAGGCCGCCAAGUUUUCGUGACUUGGAGAUGGCUUUUUAUCCAGCUGUCCUCCAAGUAAGUCCAGCAAGAAGUCGGCAAUUCACGGACUUUGUUCGCACUAAAACUGCCCGCUCUUCAGUUUCAAAUUUGCGCACCUUCAGAGGCCGGCAGUUCAGAUGAUAAAAACUGGACUCUACGAAAGUGACAGAAAUCUAAUUAUGUCGUGACGAUACAAGCAGAGUAAAAUAAGACUUUUUGCACAAACGAAACUCUCUUGGAUUUAGUCUGAAAACAAAGGUCAGAUAAUUGACCGUUUCACUCGAAGUGGUAUUAUCAUAAAUGUUAAGCUUUAGUAGGCAGUUCGUUGCUAAUUUGUUGCUAUUCAUAGCUAAUUGCGGUCAAAUCACCGGGCGACAGUAUAUCUGGUUUAGAUCCCAGAUAGACUGAUCAGUGAAUUUCAUGCCCAACUAGCUGAUCCACACUCUCAUGCGCUGUCGACUGUGAUUGGAAAUGGCUCCCGCCACGCAUGAGUGGCCCACAUCAACCUGGCCUGACUGUAGAGCUUUAGGCUCAAUUAUUACACGGACCUGGCCUCGGGGGCUUCACCGUCUAAUUCUGAUGCAUGACCAGUUGACGACUGAACCAAUAUUGAACAUUCUAGUCUUUCAGAUGUUUGUCGGUAAUGAAUCUUGAAGUCAUUUAGAAAAAGGCCGCGGACCCUGUUGCCCCAUCACAGUUGUUAAUCCCAACUGGCCAACAUAUUUGCGUGGGAUUUUCAGAUAUCGUUUUCAACAUUGUGAAGAACGCGGAUUAAAGUGAAAUGGAAAAUUCUCCACUUAGGGCAUUGUGGACCGAGCCCUUCGUACUGUCUUCCGUCUCCUGUUGUUUUCCUGGUGAAAGUUGCUGGGACCGUUGCCAUAAAAAAGGGUUUAUCGGGCUACAGCAGGCAAGUAGGUCAGAAUCCCCAGAUUUAUGACUGGUUUUACUCCUAUCACCAAUGUCAUCGUGGUCCGAAUUCCGGAUAGCAGGUUCCUCAUAAGAAAUACAGAAAUCAGCUUAGGAUUCCCCAUCGCAAUAGACACUUUUGGAGUUGUUUCUAGCCUUGUUAUUGGCUUCUUUGGUACCAUUUGUUUUUUGCAGAGAGCCCGAAAAUUGCCAUUUCGCGUCUACGAGGCGAUGAGCUUCAAAUACAGACUUCCCCGUACUUGAGCUAAAUAUCCCUGUGACAGUAGCAUCAGUAGCCACAGCUGCGACCGAUUGUUAGUCACUCGGCCCCAAUAAAACAUCGAGCGCCUUGUUGCCAUUGUCGCUGAAAAAAAACCGGUGCGCAUCAUAGAGCCUUACUCAAAGGCAUGAGUCAGUUGUGACUCAUGCUUCAGGCGUCCGAGUUUCAUUCUUUGUGUGGUUGUGCCUUCAUGCGUGCUUGCGUUUACGGGGCGGGAAUUGGAAGCACAAGAGCGAGGAUUUAGACCAGAAGCAUGUCAUCAUGUACACAACCCGAUCCUGUAAGGGAAAAUCCCUGGAUAUGAAUCUUUGACAUGUUGAUUCGUUACAGACACUGUAAUUCGUAUAAAAUGCUUGAGACAAUAGCCUACUCAAGUGUGAAAUUAACGCAUCGAAUUCUGUACUUCCUGGCCAUCACCCAGCGUAAUAGUGGAUCAGGUUGUUUGACGAUAACACCGAGUAGAUCGGGCGAAAAAAUAGAAAUCUGUGUUGCUACACGAAAGGGCGCCUGGAUCCUAUAAAAGCCUUACUGUACAUGAUCCAGCUUUUACGAGGCUUCGGAAAUUAUAACCCUAUCUUUGUUAUUGUACUCAGUAGAACAUUGUUCGCCGGGCAGUUAUCCGGGCGUUGGGGUUAAAACUAUCCGAAGUAAGUUUUUAACUGCACUCCCCUGGCAGCCAUAGCCAUCGCGCACAAGACCUGAUAAAAUCAGUUGCUUAGGGGACCUAUUUUGAAAGAGCCGAACUUGGUCUACUUAAAUUUGCAAAAGUCGAGAUUUCUUUGCCCAUAUUUUUUAAACCAAAAGACAGAUAACUAAUUCCUUGUCCUAUUGUCGCUUUUCCCAUACACCGCUGGCUGUAAUUCCCCAAAACGUACCCGAGAAAAGGAAGGUAGUGCCAACAUAUUAACUAAACAGUGCCCCUCAUACCUCGUAUAAUUUUAGAAAUGUAGUCUGCGUCACUCUUGAAGACGGGUUUUAGUAGAAAUGGAAUCCCUGCUCACGAUAAAAUGGCUUUCCCUCGAGAAAUAAAAAGAACUAAUAGUUUGUUUAAACAAGUUUAUCUCGGAGAAUUUGCAUGCUUUGCAAACACAAAUCAAAAAAUAAUGGACGCUCUUCCCGUGGGCCUGUUAGUCAUGGCCUGCAGAAGUGCUUUUUACAUAAUUAGGAUUUCCUGAAUGAAAGUUCCGGAAUGAAAGAUAAAUGGAAAUGUCUACCUAUGUUACGGUGAAUACAUAUUCAUCCCUUUUCGGGUCAAAAAUCGUUUAUCGUUUGUGUUUACUUUGUGCGAUAAAUAGUAGUAAUACGUGAAUAAUAGGCAAUGGGUAAGUAAUAAUAUGUAAAUAAUAGUACUAAAUGAUAGUUGUAUUGAAUACGGCUGGUUGGUUUUCUCUAAAAGAAAGCAUUAUUCACAUGGUGUCCAGUAAGUUUACCUGUGAUUGCCCUUGAAGGGCGGAAUUAUAUUGCGGGUAAUUUUUCGGUUAACAACACGCUGCGCGCCUACAGUCAAAGAAGUCAUUUGCCUUGUAGUAUGGGUUUUAACGAUGUUGUUUUGCCAGUAAAUCAAUGCCGGAAUGGCGGCUACGACGAGUGCCGUGUGCUUAUGAUCAACUUGAUUUUUUCUUUCUGUAUCACGAACAGUCGGGGACCUGUCACGAGGGUAAAAAGCCGCAACAGUGCAUCUUCCUGUCAGACAACCGCGUCUUUACGACUGGUUUCUCCCGGAUGAGUGAGCGGCAGUUGGCGCUGUGGGACGCGAACGACCUGAGCAAGUGCCUAUGGAAGCAGGAGCUCGACACCUCUAAUGGUGUCCUCUUUCCAUUUUACGAUCCAGACUGCCAGCUGAUCUACACCUGUGGCAAAGUGAGCACGUUCACUCCUUCAUAUUCUCCUUCCCUUUCCUUUGCACCCUCCCACUGUCUUAACGUGAUUUUCCUACUGAGAAUUGAUCCAGCAUCCUCUCAUUUAUAAUUUGGGAUCUCCCUGCGUAGACAGGGACCAAAUCGCCUAUGAGUUUGAUCUGUCAGGCCUCAGACAGCACCGAAUUAUGGGCUGCUUUCUGAGCUAAGACCACUGAAUUAGCAUUCGAGGCAUUUCCUGAGGCCCUCAAUCGAAGUGCGUCACCUAAAAGCUUUAUCGAUUUUCGUUUUGUCACUUUUUGAUAAUGUGGAGUUCUGCUAGUCACCAACUGUAUUUGAAAUUACAUAAGGCAUGGAUUUUAAAUAAGAAUGAUCAUGAAGGGUACAGUUGUGUAAUUUUAAGCAUCAGGAUUACGGCAAGGAUUCCUGUCGGUAGUUGAGAUGUUCAUACUCGUGCCUACUGGUCCCACCUCCCUGCUUUCAGCCAGUACCACUUCUCCAUUUACGUGAGUUAUCCACCCAAGAGGCAUAAGGUUGGAUUCCAGCCAGGUUAAUUAGCUCUCAGGGUUUCUUUUAAAAGGGGAUAAUAACUGCCGUCGGUUAAUGCGGACUGUAAACGGAUCAGAGAAGCCUGUCGUCAUCAGUAUUCUGUCCGAGAAGCUCAGGGAUCUCUUCUGAGUUACGACCAUCCUCCCGUGUUGAGAUUGCAUUGCAAGUCAUCCACUCACCCCUACGCAGAUGACUCUUGUUGCAUUGAAUUCACCGGUAAUAUUUGAAUGCCGUCCUUCUAUGCAAAUAACUAUGGCAGUUUAAAUUUUAGGCACUGAUUAUUACUAGAGACACACUUCCAAUGUUAUUUUCAUUCCAAUGUUAUUUUAACUAUACUCCUCACUGACGUCUAUUAUGAGUAAACUUCUAGUGAUGCCCAGCAGAAGUUCGAGUCUGAGAUAGCCACUCACAUCCUUCGUGAGGUUUUUCACCACUCGACCCUUUUUGCCGAUCUCAUUAGCUAAUUACGACAACAACUCGCUAUUAAGAGCAUCGAAGUCGAGUAAGCAGUGCGGUAGACAAUCUUUAAAAAGGCUUCUGGUGAACCCAGGGUGCUCAGUUUAUGGCCUUUGGAUACUGCUAAUUUCUUUUCCAAGUGUUGCCACCAGAAGGGGCUGCCAAAUGAUCCAAAUGGACGUCAAUCGUCUGCUGCACGCCGUUUUUUAAACGACCAUUUCGGUGGAAAUGAUUGCAUGUGCCAACAAGUCUCUACCACUCAUAUCGGCCACAUUUCAGAAAGCUUUGAAAUGCCUUCUAGGGUGAUAGCACCGUACGCUAUUUCGAAUAUGUCCCCGAGGAGGCCCAAGUCUACUUCCUGAGUCGCUACGACAGCUCCGAUCCCCAGCGAGGUUUCGCUUUUAUGCCCAAGCUGGGCCUAAAUACACACAUCAACGAAAUUGCUCGUCUCUACAAAUUGCACAACAAGAACUGGUGUGAGGUCAUUCCCUUUACUGUUCCGCGAAAAGCAGCUCUCUUCCAGGACGACCUCUAUCCUGACACGGCUGCACCGGUCCCCGCUCUCUCCGCUGAGGACUGGAUAGCCGGUCGCGAUGCUGACCCGAAAAUGGUUUGUCUCUCCUAACUUCUUUUUUUUAUUUUCUGUUUUCCUUUAUUCCCUCAUUUACAAGCCUUACACGAUCAUGCUGAAACUGCAGUCAAAGAGUGGUCUUUGUUUUCGCACCUACAUUCCUUCCACGCUUCGCGAUAUGACCAUCGAUCCAAGUUCUGGGCGCAAGCUGAAUCCGCCUGGCUAAACGGUUAAAAAAGCCUACCUGCAAUUCCGAGCGUUGGAGGUGGUUUUGACUUAUUUUAAUCUCAGUUGGGGUUAGCAGCCGUGGGUGGCAAGUCGUGGCGGACCUGAAUGUAAACACAAACGGAUAAGCUGCAAAUUAGCACACCAAAAUGAAGACAACUAAUAUCACAUUCAUAAAUUUUACGAUGCUGAAUUUUCGAAAAAUUGAAACAAAUGGGCAAAAAUAUGUAUUUCUAAUCUUCGGGAAUCCCUUUCUAGUUCCACCUAAUUUGAUAGUAAUUAGAUGAUACAGGAUCAAAAGCAUUCGCCAACGUAUCCUAAAUUACAGUUUCUUUUCCAAGUGCACAAGUUACAUUCGAUUUGCGUUUAAUUCUUUUGACAAAUCCUACGGUGAACUGCGCCCAUGUGUGAACCUUCCGAUGAAAAGGUCACACUUUUUGCCUUCGUUGCCAUUGCAGCUGCAAAUGGCAUCCUUCCAGAACCCCUUAAGAAAUAAAAAUGGUCACUAUGUUGGGUACACAUCCUGUUGGAGGACUGACUAUGAUUUCAAUUAGACAGUGAGAUAUCCCAUAGCUGUCUCCCUCCUUUACCUGAGGAUAAGACAUAUGUCGGCUGCUCAUUGGAUUGCUAUGACCCUAAAACCCGUCUUAAUUGUGUUCUACUGGCUUUAAAUAGGGCGUUCUUGUCACGCAGCGGUUCAUAUACGUUGGAAAAUACUUUGAGCAUUAAUUUUUUCCACUCUCUAGGUGGCAAUUACGGCGGAUCAACCUGCCUCUACGCCAGCCUCACGUCCCCUGCCCGCAUUCCAGAAGAAUGUGACACCGGCAGCUGUAAGUGGCCGUGAUUGUUCCCCGUAUCACCAUGCACCAAAAACCUACACAGAUACAUUUUUAAAUGAUCUUACAUGACCUGCCUGCAAAUGUCCUCACACGCUACUCACUGUCGAGGAGUACACUUUCGAUCAGUGCUGUGAGGUGAUAUGUUUGUCCCAAACGCAUUGGCGGUAGUUUUCAACUCUAAAAUUUUAUUAAAAGAAGACAGAGGUCCCAUUCAAGCCCUGGGCCGUAAAGCGUCAUGAGUUCCCAAUGGACAAUCUUAUUUAGAACGAACGAAAGUGCUCAAUUACUCGAGGUCAACACGGAGGAAUCCUCUCUUGUCUAAACUCGGUGGGAAGCUCUACCGCACCUCAAAUUAACGUUGUAGAAGCAGUUGUUGGGAACAUCGAGUUUACCAACAAAGGCUUUUUCCCGCCCAGCAUCGACACAUAAACUGCACAAUCAUAAUGUUUUGUUGUCUGCGUUGCGCAGGUACUGCAAGCCUUUAUAAAGGGAGAUAUCCGACAAGCAAUGCAUCAGUCCUAUGGAACUUCUAUUCUUAUAAACUCGAAAAAGGAAAAUGGAGAAAAUCAGUUUGCAUUUACGCACUGCUCUUUAGACCGUUCUACAUAUAAACUAGAACGAAGGCAAGGUCAAUUGUUGAGUCUGUGGGCUCGAUGGUUAUUUCUUGCAAGUUAGUGGCCUGUACCCUCUGGCCGAUGCCAAGGACCACCUAACGGGACUACAGGCCAUCUCGUGAGUGUUUUAAGUACGGGAAAAGUGGCCGCCUCCAAAAAUUCUGACUUUCGGAGAGGAGCUCACCCCUGGUCGUCUUGUCAUCUACCAGUUUUCUGCCGCAAGUGAACCGGUUUAAUAACAUGCCAUUUGUUCGGAAACUUCCAGAGUAGUCUUAAACCCUGAUCUCUCAAAGUGCAAAGAAGUUCAUGAGUUCGUUAGUUUGUGCUUUUUAUGAUUGAGGACUGUUGAAAUGAGAAGACAGAAAAACGCGGCAAGUCUAUGAGUCCGACCUUGGCUAAAACGCAGGGAGAAUCCACUGCGCAAUUCAUGAGUCAAUUUAACGUCAAUGAGCUGCACAACUUUGUCAUCAUUUUUCGACGCCCCAACGUUUGAUAAUUUAAUUCUCAAGUAAUAGACGCACUCAAGUACAACUUGAGUAUUUUGACCCCGCUCUGUGUGACGCCAGCGGGUUGCGGGGUGGGAACACCGGCUUGGCGACAGCAGCAGGCUUUUAUGAGGGUUCAGCUACGACUCAGGCCGCGUGCUACCGAGCAGGUACGGCCUGCAGAUACUUACUAUGCUGAGCUUCUGAAGAACUUGACCGUUGUCACCGUUAUCUCUCCGACUAUUCUAUCAUGCUGACGCGGGUGACAGGCACGGCUGAGGAUAUUUCAGCCAAAAACGACUGUGUCGAAUCAAAGCGACCUCUCAAAACCAGCAUGCUAGAAAUACCAGGCAGUAGUGGGCCUUGUUGCAAAGAUAAACAGCCACUUUGACGGUUGAAAGUGCUGCUAUUUUAAAGCCAGGUAAUGAGCAUGAGUCUUCAGGCUUACUCAUGAAAUGUCAGCUGAAAUUUCGAAAUGCGUUCCCGUUUCGAAAAGACUAAUAACGGAGGGUUGUAAAACUAAUCAUCAUGCAGCAUAAUUCCAUAAUAAUUCAAUUACCCCCGGGUGUGGCCUUUCAAAUGGAUUUCUCUCCGACUGCAUGCAAGAACUAUACCCUGCAAAAAAUGACCGCAUAUUUGGCAUGAAAUUUUCUCAUUGAUUUUCGAUGUCCUUGAAAAUCCAAUUAUAUUUCAUGUAAAACAGAAAUAAAAGUGUUCAUUCUUUUGCUCCUCUGGUACACAAUUACGUCUUCUUUCAAGUGUAUACUAUAAGGAGGGGUAUAAUUCGGUUUUCAAAUACUUUUCCAAUUCCCGAAUAAUUUUGAACCCGACCUGCCGUUACACUUCCAUUCAGGGUUUCUAAACUACAAGCCAUAUAUUUUCUGCGUCUGGAAAACCAUACAUUUCUUUACGGUAUUAGGAGAAGACCAUAUGGGGUUUAUAAAAUCUAGCAAAGGGUUUGAGUCAUAUUGCUAACUUUACAAGCCACACUAGUGAAUGCGGCGACAUGACGUUUUAUGAAUGGCCAUUUCACGAUAUAAAAAAGUCGCACAAUCAGAAACUUUUUUAAAACCGAAUUACACCCUUCCUUUGAGUAUGAAAUUGGAAAAAGACGCCAUUUUCUACCGAAUGAGCAAAAGAUUGAAUGACCUUUAUCUGUGACUGUCUCUGAUGAUGGAUUUGAGUGGGAAUCCUAAACGUCAGACUAAUAAAUUCUUUUUUCCAGUGUUCGCAUCAUCGUCUUAAAAAUGAAUGCUUUUAUGUAUGUUUUCCAUGAAAUAUAAUUGAAUUUUCAAGGGCAUCGAAAAUCAAUGAGAAAAUUGCAUGCUAAAUAUGCGGUCAUUUUUUGCAGAGCAUAGUUCUUGCAUGCAGUCUGAAAGAAGUUCAUUCGAAAGCCCACACCCGGAGGUAACUGGGUUAUUGGAGAAUUAUGCUGUAUGAUGAUUAGUUUUACAACCCAACUUUAUUAAUCUUUUCGAAACGGGAACGCAUUUCGAAAUUUCGGCUGACAUUUCACGAGUUAGCCCACCUACUGUGGGUCUGAGAUGGUAGCUUUAUAAAGUCGAAAAUGCAGCCAGUCCAUUUAGUGUACUGUGCAGUCUGCGAGCUUGGAUUCGGCGUCCUCGUUUGUUUUUGUGCAAGCACACCAACAGUUUUCAUUCGGGUUGCCUAGUGUGGUCACAGUCACUAAUGGGAAGUGAUUGUUCCGAUUUGCACGAUCUGGGGCAUUUAGUUUGCUCCAAAGUGCCGUAUGGCGGGGCCCCAGAAACUACUGCGCCACCUCUUUGGCUGCCAAAUGGGUCAUAAUGGCAAAAGCAAAAAUCAGUUAAGACCAUCUUUGUAAUUUUGACAGAUUUCUGUUGGUGGAAGACGGACAAUCAAUUAAAUUUUGGCUUUUACUGGUUUUGAGGGUACCAACCUCCUAAGUAAAUUCAUAUUAGCUUAUCGAAAAUGAGUGUUUUCAGACGAGAUUGCAUAGGUCUUAACCUGUUAGAGCUGAUUAUUAGAUUGUCUCAGCCUUGGUCGGUAGACGUGCGUAUCAAAUGAGCAUGCUAGACAUAAACAAACUCGAGAACAACAAAAAUGCUGUCCAUUUUUAAAUACAUAUCGAUUUUUAUGUAUGCAGCAAAAACCCAAUCCAUCCACUCCACCUUCAACGCCCCGUCCACCGUCCACUGACAAUAACUGCUCCGCGGAAAUCGCCAAAUUGACCGAAAGGAUGGAGAAAAUGGAGAAGAAGAUGAGGAAAAUGCAAGAACGUUUAGAAAAACUUGAGCAGUUAGCUUUAGACAGUGACGAUAGUGAGUAAUGAAUUUAAGCUUCCGCAGCAAAUGAUGGUAGAAUCGCCCGCCGGACGGUCUUGCUCCAACCAUCACAAUCACUUUAAAGUCUCCGUGUGCUCACUUUCCCGCCUUUGCCAUUUUCUCUUGAUAGCUGCCCCCCUCCCUCCUCCUCCCUCCCUCGCCCUGCUGGCUCGCAUGCUUACUCCUCCCGUUUUUUUCUACAUCUGA